AACUAAUGUUAAGCCGACGAUCAACUAUAUUACAAGACACAACAAACCAGACACUAGGAGGGAAAUCACGCUUAUGGAUAUAAGUAGAAUGCCAAUGCGUACAACUUUAUUUGGAGAUUUGGCUACAAAUGAAGGAUCAAUUCUUGAAGCAGAAAUCAAAUAUAAGCCUGUAAUAGUAUUAUUAGAUUUUAAAAUCUCUAUAUAUCAAGGAGAUACAAACAUAUCGUCGCAAAUUAUUUCAACAUUAUGUAUCAACCCAAAAAUAGAACUAGCUAGCGAAUUAAGGGAAUGGUUUCAAUUGGAAGAAGUUGCAAAAGCAAAAGGAUCUCCAUCGACGCUUUUUAAAAAUGCUAAGGAAAUUCAUAUUAGUGAUAUUAUGCAUAAGUCACAGAAUUCGAUACAGGCACAAUAUUGCACAUUUAAGGCAAAGAUAACUACUAUUUUAAAUAGGCUCGAGCUAUAG